GGGCAGAUACAGCUUUAGCUAUACCCACAUAUGGGGGUGGAAGGGGUUCUGUGACCUACACCCCCGCAGCAGCUCCCUCUAGUCGACCCUCUGUGCUUCUCCUCAGUCGACGAUUGGCCAAGGGCAUCGCCAAUCAGAGUGGGGCAGGCCAGCAAGUGGUCUUUGGUUGGCAGAGGGGCGUCGCUGUCCCCUUCACCCCCUACUUUCCCCGCCUCCUCCUCCUCGGGCCAGAUCCCCCUCCUCACGGGGAGGGACAGAAGGGGGCGUGGCCGUGGCCGGGCUGGUGGCGGUGUUGGUGGCUGCCGCUGCUGCUGUUGCUGCUGUGUGCCGUGUGGAUGCGGGGGGCUCCCAGCGGCCGCGGGUUUGGCGGCGACGAUAGAAGGGGAUGAAAAAGCCGUGGUGGGGCCGUUUUUACAGUAAUUGCUGUCACUGCUAAGACCUGAGAAAAGGCGGUGUUGAUGUUAGCUGAAGAAUAUUUCUACGGCCCACAUAUAACUUCCUUGUAAGAUCGUAAGCCAUGCCUUUAGUCAAGCGGAACAUUGAACCAAGGCAUCUCUGCCGAGGAGCACUACCAGAAGGGAUUUCCAGUGAACUGGAAUGUGUGACCAAUAGCACUCUGGCAGCUAUUAUACGACAGUUAAGCAGUCUAAGCAAACAUGCAGAAGACAUAUUUGGUGAGUUGUUUAAUGAGGCCAACAACUUUUACAUCAGAGCAAAUUCUCUUCAAGACAGAAUUGAUCGCCUUGCUGUCAAAGUUACCCAGCUGGAUUCAACAGUGGAAGAGGUAUCGCUACAGGAUAUCAAUAUGAAGAAAGCAUUCAAAAGUUCUACAAUACAAGACCAGCAGGUGGUUUCCAAGAACAGUAUUCCCAAUCCAGUGUCUGAUAUUUACAAUCAGAGUGAUAAGCCACCUCCUCUGAAUAUACUUACACCUUACAGAGAUGAUAAGAAAGAUGGAUUGAAAUUCUAUACUGAUCCAUCCUAUUUCUUUGAUCUUUGGAAAGAGAAAAUGCUACAGGAUACAGAAGACAAAAGAAAAGAAAAAAGAAGACAAAAGGAGCAAAAGCGUAUAGAUGGCACAACUCGUGAGGUGAAAAAGGUUAGAAAAGCCAGAAACAGGCGCCAGGAGUGGAAUAUGAUGGCAUAUGACAAAGAGCUUAGACCUGACAACAGGUUGUCUCAGAGUGUGUACCAUGGAGCAUCUUCCGAGGGAUCCCUGUCCCCAGAUACUAGGUCCCAUGCAUCUGAUGUUACUGAUUAUUCUUAUCCUGCUACUCCCAACCAUUCCCUUCAUCAGCAGCCAGUGACUCCUUCUUAUGUAGCAGGGGAUGCCCAGCAGUAUGGGACUUCAAACCAAGCUCUUGAGCAUGAGUAUAACAGACCUCCUUCUGCCACUGUCAGGCAUAUGACCCUAAACAGACCUCAGCAGCCACCGCCACCUCCACCACAGACUUCAGAUGGCUCACAGGCCUCUGCACCUUUGGUUCCAUCGGAUUAUGGGAUGCUCCCAGCACAAAUCAUUGAAUAUUACAACCCAUCGGGACCACCACCACCUCCACCACCUCCCAUGAUUCCUUCAGCACAAACUGCUUUUGUUAGCCCUCUCCAGAUUCCUACACCGUCUUCUUAUCCCACAUUAGCAACUAGUUCCACAUACACUGCUACUCCUCAUCCACCCUCUACUGGGCUUGUUGUCACAGCUCCUCCUCCUCCGGGGCCACCACCUCCACCACCUGGCCCUCCGGUCGCAGGACCUUCUCUUUCGUCUUCUCCCAUGCAUGGUCCACCAGGGGCUGAAGCAAAGAGACAAGAACCAGCUCAACCAGCAAUCAGUGAUGCUCGGAGUGAUCUUCUUGCUGCUAUUCGGAUGGGAAUUCAGCUGAAAAAAGUUCAAGAACAACGAGAACAAGAAGCAAAACGAGAGCCUGUUGGAAAUGAUGUGGCAACAAUCCUCUCCAGACGUAUAGCGGUAGAAUACAGUGAUUCUGAUGAUGACUCUGAGUUUGAUGACAACGACUGGUCAGACUGAGGCUUCCUCCAUUCGCAUACCCCAUGGGGCAGCUAAUAAAAAUUGAUGACACCGUUGGGCAACAAGGAAGGCAGUGUGUUGAAAAUGUGUAGUGACUUCAGUGCUCAUGUAGUGCUAUUAUAACACUGUAGCUUAGCAACUUUUGUAUUAAUAAUGUAAUUAUAUUUUUUGCACAUCCAAAAAUUCUGUUUCCCCCAGUAUUUACUGUGUAAUACUUAAGUGCCACUCAACAUAGCAAGUCAUGUGCUUCAUACAAGAAAAUGUUGUGUUGUCAUUGCACUGUUAUGGAGCAAGGCUUUUGUUAGCCUCUGGACAUGGAAGGAGUUUUAUUUCACAUUCUUUGCUCAAUAUAACUCUGCUGACUUGAAUUCUAUUUGUGAAGCUGCCUGGUUGUGAGAUUAUUGCAAAUUCAUGGCUUCUUGUCAGAGUGAUUGUCUUCAGAGGAAUUAGAUGAUUCGCUCCUUUGCUCUUAGUAUAUGCUUCUGAAUAUGGCACUGGGGAAGAAAAAUAACAAGAGAACAGAAUCAAAAUCUCUUUCUCUCACGUGCUUUAUUUCUUGGUUUGGUAGCCUGUGUGUGAACUUGAAUGUUUUCUCAUAGAAUAUGAUUUCCUUUGCACACUCUCUGGCUAUCCUCAGAAAUCACCAGGAACUAUAAAAUUUCAAGGGCCCAUUAUUAGGAGGGAUUCUACAAUGAUUUUCCCUCAUACUGUGGGCACUCAGUAAAUAUCAUUCAUGAUCUUCAUAAAGGGCUCCAGGAGCUCAAUACUGGACAUACUGUGAAAGAGGAGGCAUUUCUGUCUCAGGGUUGGGGGGAGGAGGAGGGUUGCCAAUGGGAUGUCUGUUGAUUUUUGACAGUUUUUAAUUAAUGGUCACUGUUUAUAGAUUGCCUAAGAUUACUUGAGAGUCUUAAGUUUUCAGUGAGUGAACCACAAAAAAAAAAAAAGGUCUAAGAAACCAGAAUUUAUUGCAAUUGUAAACAUUGCAAUGAAUAUAUUCCCACUUUUAGUGGUCUUGUCGAGAGGCAGGGAUAAGCUACACUGUUGGUAUCCUGGAAGCACAUAAUUUUGAAUGCUAUUAUUAGCUUUGGGCACAUAGGGCAGAAAUGUAUCUCACUACUUUUUCUUGAUCAUCUUCAUAUAUACAGCAUCUCACUAACCUUUUCUCCUGAUCACCCCAUUUACUUUUUCCUCACUCUGGCUAUUGUUUUAUUUUGUUUAGGCUUAAGAUCCAGGGAGGUCAAUGUUCCGCCUUGGAAUGCUCCUUAGGAAAUCAAUUCAUUAGAGCUUCAAUUUUUUCAUUUGGGGUCAAAGAUAACCAUUUACUUAACCCAAGUAAAUUCUCCAUGCCCCGAUUGUAGUUUGUGAGAAUACUGAUGCACCCUCUGCUCAUAUGAAGAGAAAUAAGGCUGGAAGAUUUUAAGAUAUACAUGCACACUCACACUCACACACACAUACAUAUGUGUGUGUGUAUAUAUGUAUAUAUACACAUAUAUAUAUAUAUAUAUAUAUACAUUUUUGUGUAUAUAUAAAAUGUGUCAUACCAGACUAAUUCUAAAUAUAUUUUGUUUGAUCAAGAACUGUGUUUUUAGUAGUAUAGGGGUCUUCUGUGAAGGAAAUUCCCUCUACCAAAUUAGAUCAGCCCACUAUUCAGCAAUCUAUGACUUCAGAGAGUUGUUUUGGACACAUAGAAGUUAAGUGAUUUCCCUGAGGUUGCAAAACCAGUCUGUGUCUGAGGUGGGACUUGAGCCCAGGUCUUCAUGACCAUCUUUCUAUCUAGUAUUCCAUGCUGCCUCUAAAAUACUUAUAACAUGGAAAAUGAACUCUCAAGUCUUUGAACUGCUACUAAUAAUUCUAAGGAAUGGAAGGAGUUUUUAAAAUACACACACACACUCACACACACACACACACUUAGCUCACAAUCAAAAUGGAAAUCAGGACAUUAAUUAAUGAAUCUGAUCAUCUUUCUGACUUGAGAUAUCAGCCCUCCGGCUCAAGGUAUGUACAUAUAGAUAUAGAUAGGAAGAUAGAUAGCUAGAUAGUGACUUUGGGGCUCUUGGGCAUUGUCUUAUAAUGCCAUUGCAUUGGUUCUUGAUUAGCACAAACAUUCAGACCCUGAGCAAUCUGGUGCCUGGGUCUUCCUUUUGUAAGAUUGUAGUAGACCCUUGCACCUGUCCAUUUGGGUCUCCUUAACAAAACUUGACUAGAUGUUAACUUCUUGGCUUUCUAUACUUAGAGUUUAUUCUAAAAAGUGAGAAUUUUUUAAUUAUUUCUUUCCCCUGCCCUCCUUCUGAAUAGUGUUGGUUGUUUAUUAAUGAACUUUAAAGUUCUUUUUUUGUUGAAGUCUCUUCUGCUGUAUUAAUUCAUGGGACAUUUUAGAGGGAUGGGAUGGGGUGGGAGAGGGAGUCUUUCUUAUCUGAUUAGGAUUAUAAUCUUUGUACCAGAAGAAACUUACAUAACUAUAGGCCUAAUAUUUGGUAAAACUUCUUUGUUUCCUAAAACCCUUCUGUUCUCAGGAGGGAAAGAGCACAAUAAAAUACCUCUCCCUCCUCCAUGCCCAUUCAUGGUUUUUUUCCCCCUCGUUCUAUUUAUAUCUUAUCACUAGAAAAAAAUUAAAAUUGGUCCCCCCAUAAUUAUCCACAUGCUUAAUUAUUAGCUGUCUACUUACAUUGUAAUCCACAAGUUAUUUUCAUCCUCUUGAAUUUGUUACUGUAGCUUUAAAAAAAAAAGGUUUUGCUCAGAUAUUUUUGUGCUGCCUUUAAAAGGAUAUUGUUAGGUGGUUUAAUUCUAAAGGCUAGGAUGUGUUGGACUGUUUUCUAUGCAAAUAAGAUUUAUUCUAAAAUCUCAUUUCUGAUUGCAGUCUUGAUUUUGUGCUAAUACAUGAAAAAGGAAGAUCAAAUUUUUCAUUUCCUUUGUCCAAAUUAAAGUAUCAAAAAAAAAGAAAGAAAGAAAAAGGAAGUGGAUAGAGGAGCUCAAGAGAAGCAAUUUUCUUUUCUAACAUUUUAACUUUUUCAAGGAAAGCAAUAGAUAAGUAACUUGGCUCUCUGGACAAAAUUUGUUUGUCAUCAGGAUCUCAAACCAUUUACUUUAAUUUGCCCUUAAGCUGUUAACAAGGUUGUUAACCUGUUGUAAUUGUAUAUUGGAUAGUUUUAGUUUUAGACAAAGGAGAUGAAAUUAUUGUGUAAUUUAGUGUGUAAAGUCACCACAAAUGUCUAGUGAAACAAGUCAAGUAGAAGAAAGCAACUGACUUGGCAGUAUCAUCCCAAGGCAACCCAUGAAUAGGAAGACUUGACACAUUAUUAUCAUUUUUUAAGAAGAGAUAGUGCUACAGAAUCCCAUACUUUCAAGUGAAAUAUUCUAAUAGUUACUUUUUAUUUCAGUGGAAUUUAUAACAUCAGAAAUUUUUAUGAGCAUCUCACUGAUGUGUUGUGAAAGUUUUGUUCUUAUUUGCAUCCGUUGUUAAUGAUAAACUGAAAAUAAGUUAUAUAUUGUAACCCGUUAAUGACUAGUGGGAUGUAAACCAGAGUAACCAAGAAUUUUUCUUCCCUAAAAUUGGAGUAUUUUGUCACCUCCUUUCAGUAUUUUGCCACAGUUAUUGUAAAUUGAAUUAAAGUGGUAUAAACAGACUUACUCUUAUUAGACCAUUUUUAUCUGUUUGUAUAUCUUAAUAUAGAUUAUGUACAAGUAAAAACAUCUGAAUAAAAUUCCACUUUUGAACCUUUA